AUAAAUUUCUUAAUUUUUGAAAACAUCGCAUAUACUUUACCGUCUUUAGGUUUCGAGUCUCUAGCAGCGCUGGUAAGCAAAGAUGACAUCUGUGAAAUGAGAUUCAAGCACUAAAUUGUCACUAAACGCAAAACGAGAUAAUCAGCUGGUCAAAAACGUCUUCGGAAAUGCCUUGUACAUCAAAAUAUCGGAAAGAAAAAUACAAAACAAAAGUGCUUUGAUAAGUCGUUGUUGUAGCUAUAUUUUCGCUGCUCAACGUGUUUACAUUAUUAAUCUGGAGUCAAGUUUCAUCGCGUCAGUAAUUUAGUAUUUGCUUUGCCAGUGGAAGACAGCUUCGUCGUUGCAUAAAACGCAGUGCCUGUGGUAGCGGACUGGACGUAGGAGUAUUGUGCUUGUUUAGACAGUUUAUCUUAUCAGCAGAAAUAAGAGUAGUUUCAGUCGAGCAACCCGAGAACCCAAACCAGCUUCAAUAUGAUUCCCAAUAAAAAGAACUGAUAUUCACUCCAUGGCAGCUCGGGCAGAAGCAUCUCUUCUAGUGUUGUGUUUGUUUUGAAGCUGUGAUUUAUUAUUUUGUUUUUCUGUGUGGGUCCAUCGAGAGUAUACAGCGUUGUUGGAUAAGGAAGACACCAACCUGCGAAGUUCCCGACAUUCGUUUUUCUAUCCGAUUCAUGGCUAUUUCUAUGAACAAGACCCGUUUUCGUCGUAGAUUGGCUGCGAUAUCGUUUUUGUCCAACAUUUCACUGGACGGCACCCAUAGAGACACGAAGUUAGGCCCGCUACACGGUUCCGGUGCGGGUGCAGGAUUAACACACUCGAAUCUAAACAACAACAAUGUUGCUGGUGCGCACAGAGCAAACUUCGAUGAUUCGUCGGAGGACAACAUUGACGCACCUGGGACGGGUGCAGAUGGGGACGGGUAUUCGGGCAAUUUUGAACACUUUGAGUCCAACUUGAUCGAGCAGCCGGCUGCCGUAUCGGAUGGAUUUGUAGCACCAGGUGGUGGUGCCUCGAGGCGCAUACGUGCCCGAACCGGUACAUUCGGAAAGACUUCCGAUAGAACUGCGGUACAACGCAUCGACGGCGAAGGUAAUGUCAUCUUUACAAAGGUCGCAUCGACGCCGCUGAAGGAUAGAGAAAAUGUAAACCCUAAUGAGGCGAUACAUCAGUAUUAUCCAGCGGACAAACGGGCCCGCGCAAACUCCACAUCGCUUCGAGCAGGAGCGUCCGGAGUAAAGCGUGCAUUGCUAGGAAACACUAGUGGUGAUGAGAAACGAGCAACGGAACUACCGAGUAACAGUAGCACGGAAAGUCUCAUUCAAGGACGACGCAACGUUUUGAUUAAUGAUCCGACCUCACGUGAUGUGAGAUAUCUCACACAGGAAGCGAGUCGAAAGCACAACUUUCGAGAUGAUCGUGUCGUUUUGUUGUCAAGACGCACGCCGUGUUUCUUGUUCUCGGUACUGCCCCACAGCAAGGGUAAAACAUCCAAAGGUGAUUUCCGACGUGAGGGAAGACGACGCAAUCCGUCAGGAACGCGACCCUUGUCAUCCAUUAAUGAUUCACCUUUUGAUGCAUUUCGUUUGCUGGGCAUAGAGCGAGGCGGCGAACCUGGGCAAGAGAUGUCGUAUGGUCAUCUGCUGAUCCCUUCCAGGCAAUACCAUCGUGAGAAAAAACACGAGAAAAAUUCGCGCGGUGGGGGUGGUGGUGGCUUUGAGAUUACAAAUUUUGCUUCGCUGGAAAACCAUGCCGCUGCUCGGUACUAUAGCUAUGACGCCAGUAAUCGGAACGCAACAGCGAGUCCGUCGCAAAAUUUGAGCAGUCUAGACGGUGCUGGCAAAGGAGGGGAAGCUGAAGAAGGUUACACUUCAAUCUCGGGAGUCCCCUACUCGCCUAAUAUUUUGGAUGAUCCGGAAUUGAGCGCUGGAAAACAUCGCACUCUGUUGACAUUCACAUCAUACAUGACGUCGGUGAUCGAUUACGUGCGACCGUCGGAUUUGAAGAAGGAACUCAAUGAUAAGUUUCGCGAGAAGUUUCCUCACAUUCAAUUAACUCUAAGCAAACUGAGAAGCAUCAAGCGUGAAAUGAAACGCAUCAACAAGAUGGACGCUCGCAUCGACUUCCUCACUAUCUCCCAAGCGUAUGUUUACUUCGAGAAGCUAAUAUUGUCCAACAUGAUCAACAAAGAGAACCGUAAGCUGUGUGCGGGAGCUUGUCUGCUGCUGAGUGCGAAGUUGAACGACGUCAAAGGCGAGGUGUUGAAGAGUCUCAUGGAGAAAACAGAGAGUGUCUUUCGUUUAAGUCACAAGGAGUUGAUUGCUUCCGAAUUCGCCGUGCUUGUUGCGCUCGAAUUUAGUUUACACGUUCCAACCAGUGAAAUCCAUCCACAUUACCAACGUUUACUGUACGAAACAUAAGAGUUUUUUUUACAUUUCAUCAUAUGUUUUCUUCAUUCAGGGAUUUGAUUUUCCACGAUUUGUUUUUGUUUUCAUUUCGGAUGAAUUUUUAUAUUAGAAUAAACAUUUUUUGCUUUUAUUUUGUUACUCAGUUCAAAGCGCAGUUUGAAAAUUCAAAAAAUGGUCGAAACACAAAACGACUAUACUCAGCUAGUUUGAUAAACAUGCUUAGCGUGCUUAAGCUUUAUUGACAACUCAAUAAUAAACUAUAAAUAACAAAA